GUAAUUCACCGUCGUAAAUUUAUUAUACACCAGUGGAAUCAUUAAAUUUCUCUUAUUGAGGAAGUGCUCCUUUGCGCUCGUAAUACCUGGUUUUUUUUCGCAAAUUAUCAACGAGGUUUUGCGUUGAUCCCAAAUCGGGGAUAAUUUGAACUCGUGGCGGCACUGGUGAGUGUCUUUGAGGUUAGGUGAAGUGUAAUGUUUACAAUUGCUCCAAAAUAACGUGAUUUCAUGGAGUUUCGACGUAACGAACUCGUUACACCAAGUGUUGUGCAAAUUAUUGGGACAUAAAAUACAUGGUGAAUGGUGAUCAACGAUCGAGGACAGCAGGAACAUGAUGGAACACUUUUCACUGGUCGUCACUUCACCGAGGACCUCCCCUCAUCAGAAUCUCACCGGAGCGAAGAGGAUUGUCAAGGAUUUGGCAGCAACAAUACAUUCCAGCAUUCAACAAUGGAAUAAUGUUCAUAUUCAUGGGGUUGAGACGUUGAAAGCUAUAACUGCUAUGAAAGUCGAUGAGCUUUUUCCGGAAGGCCUUCAGGAGUUGUGUGAUUCCUUGGAGAAAGAUGUUGAUCAAUUGGAUCAAAUAGUAUCAAAUCUUAAACGUUGUGCCCACCAAAUGACGGCAGCUGUAAGCCUCCACCGAAGCCCAGAGAAAUUAUUCAAUACCUGGACCAACGAACGAUUUGUGGAAGUAACGCAAUCAAUCUACGACGUCUACAAAGAAGAGGCAAACCUGAAGAGAAAAAUCCUCGAAAAUGUAGCUCAUGAUUCUCGCGACUCCUGGAAAAUGCUUCACCUUGCUGCUUGGGUGCACCAGCCAAUGGUACCCCACGAUCUUAACGUGAGUCUCGAGUCAUUACUCGUUGAGACUGGACACAGGUGAACAAAGUGCCUCGUGGAAAAAAAAAUAUAUAAGUGGAACAUUACUUUAUUCUUAUGAUUUGUUUGCACAUUUACGUAACCCUAUAGGAUAAUUUUAUAUCAGUGUACAAGUACAAACUCUCGUACUGAUUUUCCUCAGCCAUUUGAGCGUUUAUGUUUCUUAGAUUAUCAUAUAAUUGUAAUCAGACGAACAGGAAAUGUCAAUUCUCAAUGGAUGGAAUAUUUCACGUAUCAAAAUAAUUCUAUAAACCUUAUUGACUCUCGAUAACACUACUAUCCAACGAGAACUUCACAGAACAAUAUCUCUAAUUUUUUUUUUUACCUGAAAACAUUAAAUGCAUUUAUUUGUUGAUAGAA